UCUACUUCACUCUGCUGCUUCUAUUUGCAACAGCAAAAAAUGGUGACCGUCGAGGAGGUUCGCCGGGCACAAAGGGCCGAGGGACCGGCCACCAUCUUGGCCAUCGGAACAGCCAUUCCUCUUAAUUGUGUUGAUCAAAAAACCUAUUCUGAUUAUUUUUUUCGUGUCACUAACAACGAGCAUAAAAUGGAGCUUAAAGCAAAUUUUAAGCGCAUGUGUGAUAAAUCAAUGAUUAAGAAGAGAUACAUGCAUUUAUCAGAAGAAAUUUUGAAAAAGAAUCCUAGCAUUUGUGAACACAAGGCACCUUCCUUUGAUGCCAGACAAGAUAUUGUAGUGGUUGAAGUGCCAAAACUUGGUAAGGAGGCAGCCCAAAAAGCUAACGAAUGGGGCCAGCCAAAAUCCAAGAUUACCCAUUUAGUCUUUUGCACCACUAGUGGUGUGGACAUGCCGGGGGCCGACUACCAGCUCACUAAGCUACUUGGGCUUAGUCCAUCAGUUAAGCGAUUCAUGAUGUACCAACAAGGUUGCUUUGGUGGUGGUGCUGUUCUCCGAUUAGCCAAGGACUUGACAGAGAAUAAUAAGGGUGCUCGAGUUCUUGUUGUUUGUGCAGAAAUCACGGUAGUAACCUUCCAUGGCCCAAGUGACACUGAUUUGGAUGUUUUGGUUGGACAAGUCCUAUUUGGAGAUGGGGCUGCUGCAGUCAUUAUUGGAUCAGAUCCAAUUCUAGAGGUGGAAAAACCUUUGUUCGAGCUUGUCUCUGCAACCCAAACUCUUAUCCUCGAUACUAGAUAUGCAGUUUAUGGUAAAACUAGUGAGGUCGGGCUGACAUUUCACUUACAUAAGGAUGUAACAAAAUUGAUUUUAAAUAAUGUUGAGAAGAGCCUAACGGAAAUAUUUGAGCCUUUGGGCAUUUUUGACUGGAACUCUAUCUUCUGGGUAGUUCAUGCAGGUGGACGUGCAAUUUUGGACCAAGUUGAAUUGAAGUUGGGCCUAGAGCCAGAAAAACUUAGGGCGACAAGGCAUGUCCUAAGUGAGUAUGGAAACGUUGCUAGUGCUUGUGUUUUAUUUGUUUUGGAUGAGAUGAGGAAAUACUCUAUUAAGGAAGGGUUAGAUACUACCGGCGAAGGACUUGAGUGGGGGCUGUUUUUUGGUUUUGGGCCCGGACUUACUAUUGAGACACUCAUCCUCCAUAGUAUUUGUAAUAUGAUAUGUGAAAAUUCAUAA